AUGCGAGGAGCCUCGGACAACAUUGUGCACGGCGUCGGUCGUGACGCUUUCGCUGAGCUCGACGAUGACCUCGUUCUGACAGGUCGCAAUCGCCCAGAGCAAGCAGCGGACGCAACGAUCGAUGCGACCGACUCUUCAAAGGAACAGCUCGCGAGCGGCGCUGCCUCAGGUGACGGAACCGAGCCGCUGCCAACGCUGCCGGACACACCCACUACUGAGAUCGACUUGGCAAAGAUACAUGCAAGCGCCGGCCUGCCUGAGCCACCCGCAGCAGCAGCCAUCCCCGACUUCCCUCAAGCUCCCUCUUCAGCACCAAAAGACGCAAACAGAGUCAGCAGCGCCUUCGAAGCUAUGGACUCGACUCCGGAUACGUCGAUCGAGAUUGGCAUCCAUGGACGUUCCGCCGAUGACAUUGAACGUAUCCGUCAACGUGCGCAGGACUUGCAAAUAUCAGAAGAGUCGGAAAAGGCUGCGGACGAUGAGCCCUGGAUUGCACCUCCGCCGGCAGACUUGGCUGGGCAGGUGCCCGAGCCAAUCGACACGAGCGAGAUUCUGGCUGUUCAGAGUCAAUCGUCUAAGGACGACGGUCAAGAGCCUUGGGUGCAAGGCUACGGCAAGCCAGCUGCGGAUCGCGAUCUCGAGGCAGCCGGUCUUGCUGCUGCCGACCAGAGCACACCGGCGCCAGCAGAGUAUUCGACUUCUGGGUCGUUGCCUGAGCGUGCCCAGGUCGAACGCACAGAUUCGGGCCGCGUUGAUCCUUUGGAUCCUGCGGCUCAUCAGGUGCGUGGGCCCGGACUGCUUGUUCCACGAGACGAGAUUGCUGAAGCGAGAGAUUUUGGCCAGGGUGCUGUCAAGGCUCCUCUGGCGCAGUCUCCCCCAACUCAUGAUGCCAGCGUCGCCAGGGUAGCAGCACCUGCACCCACCGGCUCCAAUGGGCACUCUGCCAUUGCGGUCACGCUGGCUGAAGAAGCGCGAAAGGCCGUCGCUAUGGGGCGCACCAAAAGUCAGUCGCAACGAUUACGACGUCCGCCGCCAGGCACUAUGCUCUCGGCCGCAGAUCUGGACGCCAGCGACGACGAAUACGAGCCGGGAUGGGCUAGCGUCACCAGCGUCAUGUCUUCGUCGCGCUCAUAA